AUGAGUAAAUUAAUGAAAGGAGCUAUUGAUAACGAGAAGUAUAGGCUUCGUCGUAUUCGUAUUGCUUUAACUUCCAAAAACUUAAGAGCCAUAGAAAAAGUAUGCAGUGAUAUAAUGAAAGGAGCUAAAGAAAAAAAUUUGAAUGUAUCAGGACCUGUAAGAUUACCAGUAAAAACCUUAAGAAUAACUACCAGAAAAUCACCAUGUGGAGAAGGUACAAAUACAUGGGAUAGAUUUGAAUUAAGAAUAUAUAAAAGACUUAUUGAUUUAUAUUCACAAUGUGAAGUUGUUACUCAAAUGACAUCCAUCAAUAUCGAUCCAGUUGUCGAAGUAGAAGUUAUUAUAACUGAUUCUUAA